AUGGAAAUGCUCUCCGAAAUCGGGGUGCCCACCAUGGCUAUGGCAUCGGCUUUAUCGGCAGCCGCUGGAGCGUAUUUGAACGCAAAACUAGCCAUCUCUACUGAUCUGGCCGCAAUUUCCAAGGACAAGGCAUUUGCCAAACGUGUAGGAGAGCGCAUCGCUAAACUCGAUGGCUCAGCAACAAUCUAUAAGAUGCUCGAGCGAGUGGUCGAGGUUGAAGGACAGGGAGCUGCAGAUUCACUGUGGUUUGAGCACAAAGUGUGGUCAUAUAAUCACCUAAAGGAUCUGGUUGAUAGACUGGCUGCUUUGUUGAAAGGCCGUGGCAUUGGUGUGGGUGAAACGGUGGGAGUAUUCGCUUCCAACUCCCCGGAGAUGGUAGUGAUUCUUUACGCCCUAUCAAAGUUGGGCGCGGUGGCUGCUAUGAUCAACACCAACCUACGAGACGACACUUUCACCCACUGUCUGAGCGUAUCAGGCUCUAAGUCCAUAAUUUCGACUGCAGAUUUAUCACAAGAUGUCUGCGUGGACUUGCCCCAUCUCACAUUGAACAUCUCAUCUUUCGGCACUCCCGAAACAGGCUCAGUAGAGCUCCUCACAUUAGAAACGCUGCAGCAUUUCUCCCCACUGGGUCUUCCAGCAGCGAAGCGCACACCAAAAGAUCUUGCUGUCUUGAUAUACACAUCAGGAACAACGGGAAAACCCAAAGCGUGUGCAAUUCGAAACAUGCUCACUCUUAUCACUUCAACUCCGCUCUCAACAGACGUCAACGACCGUUCAAAGUACUACCCCAUGCGCAUAUACUCAUCUCUCCCCUUGUUCCAUGGAACGGCCUUCUUCACUGGUCUGUGUGGCUCUGUUGGUAACGGUGGCACCCUCUGCCUGCGUCGCAAGUUCUCCGCUUCUCAAUUCUGGAAAGAUGUACACGACUCAGGAGCCACCCGUAUUCUGUACAUUGGUGAGCUAUGUCGGUACCUGCUCUCCACACCCCCAUCACUGUACGACCAAGAUCACAAAUGCAUAGUGGCAACAGGCAAUGGGCUCCGCGGGGAGAUCUGGGAGAAAUUCCGCACCCGUUUCAACGUCCCUGAGAUCCGCGAAUUCUACCGCUCAACCGAGGGAGUCGCCAAAUUCGAUAACCAUGGUGUUGGCGCCUGGGGUGCUGGCAAAGUCGGCUUCUCAGGUCCUAUCCGGCGUUUUAUGGAAGAUGAUACUUUCAUCGUUAAAUAUGAUACUGAUGCAGAGGUCCCGUGGCGAGAUCCCGUGACUGGAUUCUGCGUUCGUUCUGGACUUGGGCAGGAAGGCGAGGCGAUUGGCCGCGUGCGGGACCGUGGUUUGCUCAUCGAGUAUUUGGGCAAUGAGAGUGCGACUGAAGCCAAGCUUCUACGCGACGUCUUUGAAAAGGGCGACUUGUUCCAGAGGACUGGUGAUUUGGUUGUGCAGGAUGAGUCUGGCUGGGUCAGGUUCCAAGAUCGUGUUGGUGAUACUUUCCGCUGGAAGGGAGAGAACGUCAGUGCGGGUGAGAUCCGUGACCAUAUCUGUCGGAUCGAGGGUGUUCAUGAUGCAGUCGUGUACGGUGUAAAGCUCAAAAGUUACGAUGGCCAGGCUGGAGCCGCUGGUAUUACACUGGAAUUACCAGCGGUUGAGACUGAGUUGAUGAAUACAUUGUACGACGAGCUCAAAAAGAAGGGUGUGCCAUCGUAUGCUCUUCCUCGACUUGUUCGUCUCACCGAGAAGGUUGCGACUGGUGUGACGUUCAAGCAAGCAAAGGGCGACUUGGUGAAGAAGGGUUGGAACCCCCAAGACUGUGCUGGUGACAUCCUGUACUGGUUGGAUGGUACGAAGUACGUGAAACUGAGAGAAGAGAGCUGGUCAGAGAUUGAGUGUGGCAAGGCAAAACUGUGA